GGUAAAUAAGCCCCCCUCAUGGGCUGAUAGGGUCAAAGAUCAGGUGCGAAAAAUGCCAUAAAGAAUUUUCCCUUCGAUUUACUCCCCCCCCUCCUAUCGUAUGUCUCGAAUUGUUGCUCAGAUAGAAAAAAAUAGAUAAUCAAAAUAAAUAAACCAAAAAAGAUAGUCAAAAUUGAUAUUAUUUCUGCGCAUUUGACGAAGAUCAACCCCAAAUGAUUGCGAUAAGCUUGUAUGGAAAUACAAAAGACGGACCAUUUGAUAUUUGACCCAAAAAAUCCAGCAAGGCUUAGGCCCUUGAAAAUAAAUAAAAAAAUCAGAAAAUAACUGUCGGGGAAAAAUAUGAGCAAAAAAUAGUUAGCCCCAAAUUAGCGGUCAAAUAUUAAAUGGUCCCUCCAACUGCAGAUCACGUACUUCAUCUUGACUGGAAUCUUUAGGUAUGGCUACAAUAUUUGACUUCUCGCCUAAAGAUUGGUACGAGGGGUUAGCAAACUAUCUGGUGCUGGCGACGAUUGCGAUCAUGGGGUUUUUCGUCACCAUAUCUAUCAUUCUCACUAUAAUACGGUGCUGCCAGAGGCUUGUGAACCAAGACGGUUUCGAUGCUCCAAAUACGGUACCAGGCAUUCGGGAUUCCCGGACAUGGACACAACAUCAUCCUGGAGAGAAGAAAUCGAGGAUGCUUUUUUAUGCUUUGACUCCUCCGGUAAGGGAUCAAUAAAGAUGGUGGAUUGCCUAUUGUUGAUUCGUUCUCUUGGAUACAACCUAUCGGAAGCUAAGAUGCUUAACUACACGAGGUUGAUGGGAUAUGCAGCAAACACUAAAGCAACGCUUCCAGAGAUCAACGAGCUAAUAUCCCUUAUUGACAAAGAGCAAUGCGAGUCUUUUAGAGUUGAGAUGCAAAGUGCUUACUCGCUAUUUGACUCUGACAACAAGGGAUACAUUUGCUUGGAAGAGUUUAAAAGAGCAUUUGGCUACACAUGCGCCACAGAUGAAGAGAUCGCCGAGAUCAUGAGACUCGGGGACAAAGAUGGUGAUGGCAAGCUCGAAUUUCAAGAUUUUCGACGGCUGAUGCUACCCGUGGAUAGUAUUGAACAAAUGACCGCCUCAGCAUCGUAACCGAACGCAAAAACAGACACGUACACAGACGACAAAAAGUGUGUGUGUGUGUGGGGGGGGGGGGGGGG